AUGGCGAUGUCGCCCUUCGCUCUCACAAUUAUGGGUAUGGAACCAACACCACCCAGGAGAAGACUGGAAGAUCAAGAUACACAAGCAACACCCGGCCUAGAAGUCAUGCCUCGCAUGCGACAGUCUCGACGAGCUACGAGCCAUUACAAUUCUUUCCAAACCAUAUGUUCGAGCGCUCAGGACUCGCCGCCUUCGUAUGCGAUCGCGAGUCGGCAGAAGCAGGUCUCGCGGCGGCCGCAGGAAGGCAAGGAGAUCUUGCCGAAGUAUACUAGUACGGUCAACUAUGAGGCGAAGAUGCUGCUUAUGCUGGAAUCUAUGAACCCAUUACAUGGAGUGUCCGAGAGCGAUUGGCGAGAGGUGUAUGUGGUGCUUCGAGGGACACUUUUCAGUGUGCAUCGAGUCAAGGAUGGCGGGCCUGGGAAGUUGCUGCGGAGCUACACUUUACAACACGCUGAAGUUGGGCUGGCGUCGGAUACACAACAUACACUAUUAGUACCACAAAGUCGGCUAGCUCAUCUCAUCCCUGUAUCAGCGAGACGAAAGGCAUGGACCAAGGAUCCGGAUCUUUACAAGCCAGUGCGCCAGAGCAUUCUACGACUUCGCAUCGAAACAGACCAGAUGCUCUUGGCGGACUCGAACGAGGAGGCCAUUCACGAUCUGAUCAAUGCGAUCAGCGCAAGCAUCGACAUCUCCUUCUCCAUCGACGAGCGCAACAUCCCACGACAAUGCACGGUUCCACGACGACGAAGACGGCAGCCGCAGCCCAUGAUCAGUGGCAAUCUCACUGACCCUGCUUUGCUUGCGGAACAAGAACGGAUCUUGCGAGAUAUGUAUCCGGCAUUUGCUCAAGAGAUACCUGCGACCACCACCACCAAUCGCCCAGAACUUGAACGCACCACGACUACAGACUCGACUGCGGAGCCUCUCGCCACACCGGUACGGGAGGAAGACGAUCUCGAUCUAGCAGUCAUGCGCGAGGACUUUGCCAACCCGAACACUCCAGCCCCAACACAACCAUCGGAUACUUCUCGAAGACCUGGCAUGUUCCGCCAAACAACCGCAUCCUCCUUAGCCUCCACCUUCUCCACAGACAUGGUCUACGCCACAUCACCAAGUAACUUCACCGAAGCAGGGAAAUGGCAGCCUCCUCACCCACGCACAGCAGCUCAGAUCCAGCGAUACACGCGACGGUGUAUGCCCAUCCUCCUCUCCGAAGCUGUCCGCGCAAGCGACGUCCUGAUGUGCCAUGGUCGACGCGUGAAGAUCAACUGGCGGAUGGAGAUGCUGGAGGAAUGGGAAUUAAGUCCCCCAUCUUACCGUUCCCACCACUUCGAAGUCACGACUGCUACUACCAGCGAUAUCGAGACUGCGCAGACUACCGACGGCCUCGAAAUGCAGCGCACGACUUCGCACUCCUCGCGGACGCCUUCUGAGGCCGCUGCUAAUGAUUCGCCGCUUUCUUCCCGGUCCGCGCUCGAGAGGCCGGAUGACCAGAUCGAGGCGAUUGAUACUGGGCUUGCGAAUUUGGAGAUCGGGAAGGUGGUUUUGCGGGGGGAAAAGUCGCCGACGAGGGUUGGUGUGCAGGCUGUUUCUAAUGAUGGGGAGGAGAAGGGGACGCAGGCGAGACGGACCGGGUUCGAGGAGGUUCAUGGGGUUGUAUUUUGCUUUUGA